GGUACACACACGCACAGCAGCGUGGGGGAGACUUUGGCUACGCCCCCCCAUCCCCCCCCGCUCCCAUCCCCUCCUCCUCCCUCCGACCGGAGCAGAGAAGAGUCUGAGAGAGAAAGAGAGAGAGAGAGAGAGAGAGAGCGAGCGAGGGAACGUGGGAAAGAGGAAGACGAUGUACCGAGCGCUGCUCCUCUCCUCCCUCGUCCUCCUCCACGUGACGGGCACGCCGCAGCUCCUCGGUCACCACGGGAGGAGGGUGUGCGGCCGAGCCCUCCGUCACGACGUCGCCAUGGCAACGGAGUCGUACGUCAGGCCGGUGCACAAGCCCUACAUCACCCUUUGCCAGGGGCAUCGCCUCUGCAGCACGUACAAGACUGUGUACUCGGUGGCGUACCGCCAGGUGAGCAGAGCAGCACCAGCGCCCCCGCCCCCCCUCGAGUGCUGCCCCGGGUGGCGGAGGCUUCACUCCCACAACUGCAACCAAGCUGUGUGUGGACAGCCCUGUGAGAAUGGAGGUACCUGCUUAAGACCCAACCAGUGUACGUGUCCGCUGGGCUGGAAGGGGCGCCAAUGCCAAACAGAUGUGGAUGAGUGUGGGGAGCAGCGGCCGUGCGCCCAGAUGUGCCUGAACACAGCUGGCAGCUAUCGAUGUGCGUGCAGAGACGGCUUCGGGCUCGCCAGAGAUGGACGUUCCUGUCAGAGCCUUCAUCCUCUUCCUCCUCCUCCUCCUCCUCCGACUGUUCCUCCUCCUGCUCAGACCAGCCGGCCCUCAGCGGCGGGGGGCGUCGCGGAUGCAGGUGGAGGGUUCGGCCAGAUGGAGAAUGUGACGGAGGAGGUGCAGAGCCUGAGGGACAGAGUGGAGCUCCUGGAAAAGAAGCUGCAGCUGGUUUUGGCCCCCUUCAGCAGCUCCUCCCCCCCGUCGCUGGACGAGGGCUGGUCGGAGAAAACCACCCUGCUGUCGCACUCCUUCCAGCAGCUGGACCGCAUCGACUCCCUCAGCGAGCAGAUCGGCUUCCUGGAGGAGCGCAUCGGCACAUGUUCUUGUCAGGAGAAUUAGCAAACCGAGGGCCAAAACAACUUCAGACACCGAAACCUGUGUAAUAAUGAUGAUGAUAAUAAUAAAAAUGAAUAAUAAUAAUGACACAAACCUGCUAGAGAUUGUACGUGUUGCACCAAGAUGGCUGACCUUUUUCAAGGAAAGCAGAAAGCAAUCAUCGCACAAAUCAUCAUUUUAUGACUUUUUUUUUUUUUU